UCUCUCUCUCUGUGUCCAUCUUUAAAACAAAAUCAAACAGGAAUAGUUCCGACACGACAUGCACGUACUUCGACAUUACUGCUACAUGUAAUGAGGAAUUAAAUAGGUUUACGUAGAAUACAAAAAUAUAUAUACAUAAGAAAACACCUGUAUGACUGUACAAUUAAUGGUCGCCAUGGCGAUCUAUUUCACUCACAGGCCUUUCCUGCAAAUUAAAUGUCGGCGUGGGAGCAAGCAGACAAUUAAAUUCCCGUCGCAGUUUAUCGAAUCCAGCGUGUAUAAAUGUUUUCUUGAGGAAGGUAUACAAGCACGAAGCAACCAGUGCGCAAAAAUAAGCGAUGUCAUUGUGUGCAGGCUGUGAUAAAUGUUUGCGAUCGAUAGCCUCGCGCCAUGACAUGCGUGGCGUGCGUCUCCGGCCGCCACCUCAGCCUCGCCCAUCAUCUUGUUGCCAUGGUUACAAAGACCACGCACUCACAGCUUCCGCCGGCCGCCGAGCGCCUGUCGUCUCCACUCGGAACAUUCCGGAGACAGGCGGAGACGGCCGCUGCGCAGAUAGCAACUUCCGCAUGAAGCUGGCAGCCAUGCCCGCGAUGGUACAAAAGACUUGAAGAUAUGUGUUUUCGGCCAGCUUGCUUGUCACAUGGCGGUGAGACAGCCGACAGCUUGGGUGUUACGACGUAUAGGACCCCCUGCUUCCAUUCCAGAGGUUGCGGAUUUGGCGGUAUUAAAGGAAGGUGCCACUGUGUUUGGGCGAAGCACUGGGGCAGACAUCUACCUGGAUUCCAAGCAUCUGCGAAAUUUUAUCUCGCGGCGCCAUGCAGUUGUCAUGGGAGAAGUUGGAGAGGAUGGACAGCUAAUAUUUGUACUUCACAAUAGUGGGCUCAAUGGGACAUACAUCAACGAUGUGCGGAUGGGAGACAAACAGCAGCUGCAAGAAGGGGACAGAGUGAUCUUUGGCCAUAAGAAUGGUUACAAAGUCAAGGUGGGUGAGAAGGCGCUUCAGCCAGACUCCGAGUUCCAAUUUGUUUUGGAACGAGUUAUAAGUUCAACACGGUCUUCGCCAACAAACAUCAGUGAAAUUGACAAUGAUUUUGAGGUUGCUAAUGUGGAACAUAGCAAAAACCUUUUUUUGUUGCAUAAGAAGGAUCAUUGCACUAGCUUUCAAGGAUCGAAAAAUUCAAGAAGUCUAAAUGGCAGGGCAAAGUUAUAUGAUGGCGAUGAAUCAAACAGUGUACAUACAAACUGUGUAGAUGAGGUAGUAUUGCAGUCAUCUCCCUGCUCUUCUACAGAAAGUUUUUCAACAAAAGUAUUACAAGAUGCCAGUGGAAGAAGUGCCGAAAACUCUAAACUUCUUUACCAUAAAAACGGCGAUGAUGAUUGUGGUGGGACUUACCGAAGACGUAAGAAUUCUGACAAUAGUGUAACUCGAUCUCCACCUCAUUGUGAACACAAAAGGUCAGCAUCACCAACAAUGUCAGAUACAAACAAUCAGCCACACUGGCUAAAUUCUGACGAGAUUGUUUCCUCUAGACCAACGCAUGCUGGCAGAAAAUCCAAAGCUCAUUGGUCAAGAACCGGAAAAAUACUUCAAUGCUCAAGUUCAUUUACUAGUGAUAGACACAACACAAAGCUACCAAGGACGCAGUUAAAUGGAUUUGAAAGUGCCAGUAUGGGACACAGCAAGUUAGAUUCAAAUUCCAGGUCUCCAAGUCCAUCUCAGCUAGUGAAAAGGAGGUCAGGGUCACCAGGACCUAGACACAGAAUCGCAAAGCACCCUGAGAUGGAUGUAAAAGGCCAGCAGUCACAGAGGCCAAGUUCGUCUUUGACAGGCUACGAGGAGACAGAGGCAGCAUCCCCUGAGAGUGUUGCUCGCACCCCCUCACCCUCUUUCAUGACCAAGGAAGAGGAUGAAGAGGAAGAAGAUGAGGAAGAAAUGGAGAUUGAUGAUGAAAGUGUAACUUGGGAAGUACCUCCCACUCCUGGGCGUGGUCUUGUAGAGACAGGAGAACUGCUUGCCAGUCCCCAAGCAUCUCCAUGCAGGACAAAGCAAAAGAUAACCCUAGGUCAUGGUCUUAUGCAAUCAGAAUUAGAUCACAAUCCUCAGACAUCUCCUCAAAGGGUAAAGCAAAAGACAACCCCAGGAUCCUGUCUUGUAGAGAUAGAUGAACCAGGUCCACUCUGUCAAACAUAUUCUCACACAUUAAACCAAAAGACUACUUCAGACCACAGUCUUUCAGAGACGGGAGAUCUACAUCUGAAUCGUCAGACUUCUCCUCGCAGGGCAAAGCGUAAACUCUCACCAGGUCCUGUGCAUCAGUCUCUUAAAAUUUCCAUGCCCUUUGCCAUCAGAACACCAGCCAUGAAGAAAGUGGUGAAAGAUAUGUACAGGGAAGGAGACAAAGAUAGUUCAGAAUUAGAAACAAGGGAGAGAAUCUCUAGUUCUGGAUUUUCUGAAAAUCAUCUUGGUGAUUCUAAGUGUGUGGCCCAGAGCCAAAAGGAAACAGGCUUGGCAGUUGGCCAGAGAAGCCAAGUGGCACUUGGCAAAUUAGACAGACAUGGUGCCAGGAUGAUGGCAUCUGAUUCAAGUGAUGAUGAUGUGUUUCAUCGCUCAAGAUCUCCUGAUGCCAGACUUGACAGAUCUCAGAAAACAGGGAAGUUGAUCGACACUGAAACAGAAGGGGAGACAAGUCAUCAGAGCAUGGGCAGAGGAAGGACAAGGUAUAAAGCUGCUGUACCCAAGCUGCUGCGAGAAAAGGAAAAUGGACGUCAGCAACGGCCUCCUCUCACAGUUAGCACAGGGCUAAAGAUGGCUGGUAAAGGCAUAAGAUCAUCAGAUAUAGGCAAGGGUCAUAACUCAGCUGGUGAGUCUAUUCUUAAAGAUGUGUGGGUGGCUGUUGAGCGAGUAACUGCAGACAACAUUGCCAAGCACAGCCGGGCCUCCUCCUCAUCCUCUUCUUCCAACAGACCUGCAAAAAAUAGUGCCUUCACAGACAAAACCAAGAGCAAGGAUAUAGUCAAGCCAGCAGUGAUGGAUGAGAAGAAACAACCUCUACAUACAGAGAAGCCUAACACAGUCAGGAAGGAGAAGCAAUCGUUUGAAGAAAAACUGGCAUUUGCCAAAGACAAACCCAGACAGGGGUUUACUCUUGACAACUUUUUAUUUCCUCCCGAUGAUGAAAAAAGGAAGCUUCCCAAAGUCAGGCAAAUGUUAUUGAGCAAGAAACUCAACAAGAGUGACUCUACGCAAGAAAAAAGUUCAGAUAAAGAAGUAAGUUCAGUAGGAGAGAAAAGCUUAUAUAAGAGAGAGAGAACAACGCAGAAAAGGCAAGGACACAGAGAGAGAAGCCAAGAUGAUGCUGAAGACAAGGAUACCAUGGUAACUAGAGGCGGUGAAAAGCAUCGAGAUCGUAAGGACAUAGUGAUGACCAGAGGCAGGGACAGAAGUGGAGAUAGGAAAGACACAGUAAUAACUAGAGGAGGUAGGGAUACAAGUCAAGAUGGAAAAGAUACAAUCGUGACUAGAGGCAGGGAUGCAAGCCGAGAUGGAAAAGACACAAACAGGGCUAGGGGCAGGGAUACAGGUCGAAAUGGUAAAGAUGUAGUCAUGACUAGAGGCAGGGAUACAAGUCGAGAUGGAAGGGAAAUAGAAGAAGACGAGGAGGAGGAGGAGAAAGAGCAGGAGGUUGGCAGGAAGGAUUGGGACGAUGAACCAUCACGUGAAAGGGUAUCUUCUCGGCCUGUCCGGAAAACUGCUGUUCGAAGACCCCGGAUCAUGAUGGACAGAGAUCAACAGCAGGAAAUAUUAAAUGACAGUGAUGAUGAGGUAGAUAAUGUACCAAGGCGCAGAGAACGUCGAAAACGGAGGAGAAAGCGAAGAGGAGAUGGUGAUGAUGAUGAUGAGGAGGAUGAAAGUUUAGAAGAUGGUGUUGUGUGGUACGAAGAAGAGUCUUGUGAAUCAGAUCUCUGCACAAGACCAUCCCAACGGCGUGUUGAAUGGGUGCAGUGUGAUGAUUGCGAUAAGUGGUAUCACACUGUAUGUGUUGGCUGCAACUAUGAAUCUAUCAAAGAUGAAGAAUUUCAUUGUGGAUGCCAGUAGAAGUGAUUAAAGUCAAGUAACAUCACUGGCCACAAUUCUCAGCAAACACCAGUGAGUUGGGUAUUGUGAGAAACAAAUGUACCUUGCUGGAUCACAAAAGAUUCACUUCAUUGUGUGUGCAUGUUUUGCAAACUAAUUAUGUGAGGAAGUGCAUGUAUGGGGAGGACACUUUGUCCUCACCUCUUUGCCAGAUCAUUGUGAAUCAUUCUGAGGAUGUUAACAUCAAUGGGGACAUUACUGAUAAUGUUAUCCAUUGAUUUUAGCAUGUGUAAAAUUUUCAGAGUUGCAUCCAUCUGUUCAUGUUGGCUGCGUGGUUUGUGAACUGUGAGUAAGUAUUGUUGGCUGCUUAUGCUCAGUCAACAUCAACAUGAAUUACAGCUGUUUGGAAGCAUGGAUGUUCAAAUUUGCUGUUAGGAUGAUGCACCAAAGAGCACCUUCUAAAGAGCAUGUAGACACAUCACUUUGCAUCUAUUAUGAACAGGAACCAUGUUUUUCUGCACUAUGCUAGCAAGUGCCCAUCUGCAACAGCUACAGAUUGCAUUCUUGCAGCUUCAUUUGUCCAGUUGGAUUUCAGACAUGAGCUUUUGUGUUUAGUUAUUUUUUUUCAGAGUGGUUAUCUGUGCUAUGUAAGACUGUUCCACCAUUCACUGGUACAGCACGUACCUUGGAUUUCUCAGUGUUCGGUGUUCUGUGUUCAGUUUCUGCAGUGAAAUUCAGCAAGACAGUUUCAAACUUCAGCCCUAUCUGUUGCUCCCAGUGCUAGCGACAUACUGGGCUUAGUGCAAUGGUGUGCUAUACAAAAGGUGACAAAUAUGAAAAGUGCACAGUGGUAUUUAGCGAUAAGUUGGUGUGUGCUAUGUUGCUAUUUAGUGUAAACUCUAGUCAGAGUCUACCCCAUAUGUGUGUUCAUGGUAAAAGUGUGAGGAUUUUGCUAUAAGGUGCUUUGAACUGGCCAUGAACAAGCCUAGGAGCUUCGUUACGAGACCAUUCAAACUGUCAGUCCCUAGGACAUGUGAGCACAGUGGCUGUUUCCAUGUUGCAGUCAGCAUGACUGAAGAGAAUACAGUAGACUGAUAUCCCGAAAAGUGAAAUCUGAAAAACUGUUACUUGUUUGUUGGUUUAUAUUAUUGAGGGUACACGGAAUUGCUCUUGCAUAAUUGAAGUAUGCAAAAGCUUUUUUGACAGCCUAAAAUGAUAUUUGCACUGCAGAUGAUCUCAAGCUGGUCAAUCAAAGUGGACAAGAUCCAGUUAUACUGUCAAAAAUGUUGAGUCUCAGGGUGCUUCUGUUGCAAAAGCUAUGAAGUCGGUGUCUGAUGACCAGUGAUCUGCUGGUACGGAGUUAUUGUGCUUUAUAAACAUCAUAUUUUUUUAAUAAACUUUUUUAACUACAUAUCGCCUCAUUUGAAAAUUAAAGUUACUUAAAUUAUUUAAAACCAAGAAAGUAUCUGUGAAAAUAUGUACUACAAUGUAGGGCACUGAUUUAUUUUAUGGAUAUUAUGUUCCACUUUUAUUUUGUAUCAACCAUCCUUUCUGCAUUAAACAUGUAGAUGGCAUUCUGAAGUGGGUGCCCAUGCUUUUCAGAUAUUUCUUCUCUUUUUUUUUUUUUAACAGUCAGUGAGCUGAAAAUAAUAUUAAAAACUGACAACAGAUAAAAAUUUAUUCCUUUUUUCUUGAUUGGUUAAAAUAAUAACUUUUUGAUCAGCUUGUGUCAUGCAGCAUCAUGUUUUGUGAAUGUAGUUGUUCUGCUUGUCAUAACACAUCUGAUUUGAGCAAACAGCAUUAAAAUGAAAAUUGAGAUAAUAAUUAGUAACAAAAUAAUUUAUUUUAAUAAAACACGUUUCACAUAUAUAAGAAUAGUACCCAACAAGCAAUUUUUAGUUAUUUCUAAAACUAGGCAAGGUAUUGUAAAUGUACACUUUCAUAACUUGGUUGAUUGUUACUGGCACAGCUGAGAGGAGAGAUUCACUGCUUAGAACCUGUGCCGGCCAUUUAUUUUCCAUUUGGUAACUGGCAUCAUCAGAGUGUGAAUAUAUGAUGAAGAAAGUCUUCUAGCAUCAUUGACACAGACCAAAAGCAUUCUAGGCUCACUAAGAAUGAAUUAUUUGGACAAAUGAUAGUUAAGCAUAGCCUGUACUUUCUAUGUAGUUUCAAAGCUCAGCAGGGAGCUGUUCUUGUGUUCUUUUUGUCAUGUGUGGGGUCACAGUGGCUAUUCAGCUUGCCAGACAAAUGAUGCCGCAUCUUCUAGGUCCUUUAUGUAGCCAUGAAGUUGGUGUAAGAGGGAGGUAUAACAAAAUCUUGUUUUCAUGUUCUGAGAGCUAGAUGAGUUGGAGACUUCUGAACACUUUGAAAUUUAUGAAUAAAGUCUGUAGGACAGCUAGAGAGAAAAUUUCAGUCACCAAGUUUAGAUGAGACUAAUGCAUAUGAUUGUUGAUCCUGUGGAGGUCAAAAUAAUCAGAUUGACAUUUAAAAUAAAUAUCUCGUAACAACAGUUGUAAAACCAAGAUUUUUGUUCGAACAAAGUGAAGGUGAUACCAUUGCCAAGUUAAACAGCAGAUUGAGAGUUUUUCUUAAUGCAAAGAAGAGCUACAGAUUAAUCACCAUUUAAUUUAGUCUUUAUCACACAGUCCUUGACUAGGGAGAAGGUUGCUACUGUCUGAUGUUGCUAUAUUCUAAAAAUAGGUCACUGCUGGCUGAAUAUUUAUGAUUUCCACUGUGAGAUAUUGUUGUGCUGUCUUCUUUCAUUAAAGCAUGACUCUGUUCCUGCAAUUGACUAUAAUUUCUGUGGAGUACUAUGGGACCCAUGUACAAAAUCUGUUGUGAGCUUAUUCACCAUAAACUCUUUGAUUAGGCAGGUCCACCAUGUCAUUUAGAUAUCAUAAUUGAUUUUAGGGUUAGUCCCAGCAACUGAAAAAAUGCCCUAAGAUGUUGCAUGUCAUUGGAAGUCUUGCAUUCGAAAUUUGCUUUAUUUUGUCCUUUUUAAUUUUACUGUAAAUUUUGGUUUAUUGAGCACACCUGUAUGUAAGCCACACCCACUAAUUUUUUUUUUUAAAUCUCUACUUUAUUCACAAAUAUAUCCAACUUUUUCAGUGGCCAGGUUGAUCGCCUUCAGCUUAAAAGCUGCAUGUUAAACAUUUCAUCUCAUUUUCGGUAUGAUGAGGUUGUGUGCUUUAGCAGCUGAUCUGAUCAAUUGUAUGUGGCUUUUUUUUUUUUUUUGAAUGUGAACAAUUAACACUUUAAGAUGGUGCUCAUAGAAAAAUCAAAUUGGAAAAAUCGGCAAAUGAGCAGCGUCACUGUUUAAGCUGCAGGGUUUAAAGCUGGGAAAACAGUAACAACUUACCAAAAUUUACAGUAAUUCUAAAUGUCACUCGCUUGUUGGCACAGUUCUCUUUGAUGGAGAUUCUUCAGAAGCCCCAGCUCUGCCUUGUCAGUCUGGAUCCUUGUGAGGUUGGGUUCAGGUGUCAGCAGUUUAAAUUUUAUCAGAUAAUUGUUUUUAAUAGUCGAGCAAGAUUUGACCAGUUUACUAUGCUAAAUAUGCUUAGAUUUGCUUAUCUUAUGAGACAACUACAAUCAGGUGCACUCUUUACUCUGUACAUGCCUUACACAGUGUACUCUGUACAUGCUGUAUACACUCAGUGCUUUGUAUAUUCUGUACACUUUGUGUAUUUUACAUACUGCUUUGUGUACUUUGUAUAUUCUGUGCACUGCAUUCAAUCAUGUACAUGCAUAUUCUGUACACUGUGCAUGAUGUACUUUGUACAUGUCAGUACUCUGUAGUCCAAAAGUAAAACUUUUUGCUGGUCUUCUCCCUCUACUGUUUGUGGAUACAGCCCUUAAUAUUAAUGUUAAUACACCCUUAGGACUAACCAAAAGAGCUUACAGUUUUCAAACUACAGCCCUUUCUGUUUUCUGUCAUGCUAGUAUAUUAAAACUAACCAAAAGCCUACAGUUUGUGCCAUGUUAUGGCUGAUCAAAAACCUGUACUAUGUUUGUCCUGUUAAGGCAUUGCAGACAAACAUGUUCCACAGUUUACAGUUUUAACCAUGUUUGAAAAUUGCUAGGGCUGACAGAACCCUCCUGUUUUUACCAGGAAUGCACAGUAUGGGAGAGGCUGUGAUGGUUCUUGACAGAAAAGGGAUAAAAACCGAAUCCCAUGACCUCUUUUUUUCUUGUCUGCUGAUGCUGUUGCUGUUGCUAGAGGCUACAAAACUAGUGUCUGGGCCCCCUAUGGUCUAGCAUCCCCAUUUCUGAUCCAUCAAGCACAACAAAAUCAGCUAACAGUGAAAACUUCCUCAGUUCCUGAUCAUUGGGGACAGAAGCUAGAUUUGUAACUGAUGGUUUAUUUUUGGUUAGAGGGACAAUUUUCAGUCCUCUUGAAAUCCAGAUGAACAUUGCUUUUCAUUUUACAUACUCAUCUUUAUUUGAGGAAUAGAUUUUUUUGAACCUUUAUAGUAUAAAGAUGCACAGCUGCUAGCAACUUGCCUCACUCUAGCAGGUCUGAACUACCACACAACAAAGAGUAGAUUCUGUAAAAGCCAGGAUGUCCACCAACAAACUGAAAAAACUCAGGCCAUUCCAAUAACCUCUGAAAAUAAGCUGAAAUGUGUGCCAUCAUCCACUACUUGGAUUUUUCUGGGGCAAGCAUUACUUUUUCAAAAUUGAACUAGGAAUUUAAGUGUUAUCAUGGACACAUCAUCUCAUGAAUCACACAUCGAUGCUAUCUGCAAGUCUAUCUUCCUUGACCUUCACAGGAUGAGUCACAUCCAACCCUUCCUGUCCGUUUCAACCACUAAGAAACUCUUGUCUGUUUUUUGUAUUGAAUUACAGCAACUCUCUGCCCUUCAACUCUCCUAUCUGCCUACUGGACAAACUUCAAAGAACUUCUGCCAUUAACAGUGUCUUCCAACGACCACAAGCAGACCAUUCUACACCCUCCUCUGCAAGCUCCACUGGGUGGCAGUUCAAGAUCACAUUGAUUACAGGAUUGCCUCACUGUGCUACCAUUGACUUCAUAGCCGACCCAGCAUACCUCUGAGCUACUAACGCCUUACAACCUAAAUAAGCCUCUUUGGUCUACUUGUGUUUCCCUCCUUUCUGUGCCAUGCAUCAGAUGAGAGAAUUUUGGCAGAUGCUUUUUCUCCUUCUCUGGAUCUGCCCCUAUGAAAGCUUUCAAGAGUGGCCUCAAAUGCCUUUCAUAGUCAGGCAAACUUUUCUGCUCUCUCUUCAGUUAUUCAUCUUUUUCUAUGCACUUUGUUCAUUUUUUCCACAGUGACUUCUGAUUGUUGGUUUGUUUAUGGUCUUUUGUGCACAGUGCAUGGAGCUUGCCUCUACGUAGCAGGUCAUUAUUAUUUUAAAGCUGGCUGUUAGUAUUUUUUGAGUUUUCAUAUCCACUCAGAUUAAGACAAAGGUCAAGCAUAGAUUAUCCUAUAAAACAGGAACAACACAUGGAGGAAACUACUAAUGUAUUUCACAUAGGUAUUGACAUUUAACUUGCAAAUGCCCUCUUCAAAGAGGCCAGAAAGAUAUGCUGCCAAAGUACACGAGAUGUUUUGAAAAUAUGUCCUGCAUACAAACUACUUUCAGCAUAAUAAUUUUAUUGUUAACAUCUGUGUGUAAUAUUUAUUUCUCUCAAGACAAAACAGUAUUUCUUCCUAAUUUUUCAGACUGCAUUGUUUAGUUCUCAUGUUUGUUGAUGUUGCUGGAGUGUAACCAUAUUAAUUUUUAGAUGGCGAUGAAUUCCAUCAUGUGACAAAUUUUGUUUUGCUGUUUGCUUUAUUCUUUUUUGUCAGUUAAGGAGGACUAUCUUACCUGGUCUAAUAGAUGAAUUGCAAAGAUUCUCUCCCUCAUUCUCAAGGCAGAAUACAAUUUAUAUGUAAUGUGUUCAGUACAAUGGUUUUGCUGGGCUGACAUAAGUAUUGUCAAAAUGCUAUUUGAGUAAAGCUUUGAGUGUAAAGGUAUUACUAGAUGCCAGAGUAACCUGGGUGUGUGAUGGAAUGGUGCUGAAGAAUUACUUGUCUGGUAUUAGUGUUACUAAAUAAUGACUGUAAAGCAGAAUAUUGUUAAGGUAUAUCAAAAUUUGAUGGUGUUAUGUGUGGACUAACAGUUGCCAUUGUUGGUAUUUGAUAAGAUAUUAUUGGUCAAGAUGAAGGCAUAUAUGGGCAAAGUGUGGCUAGAGUUGAGAUUUAUGGGGCAUAAUAUUGCAAAUGAUAUAUGUAUGGAAAGAAUAUUAUUCCAGAAGCAGGUAUGUGUGGUCAGACUGCCCCUAAAGAGACAACUGCAGGCAGAAUAUUGUAAGGUUGACAGAAAUAUCUAAACACUAUCUCAUUUGCACAGCAUUUAUCUUUUUUAAUAUUCCCUUUUUAUGCUAUUUUUUGUUUACAUGCAUUUAAGUGUGUAUAGUUAGUAUCCACACACACAGAGCAUUCCCUUAUUUUUUAUGAGUAGGCUGUAUAGUGCCUCUGUGGUGAUCAUCAUCAAGAUCUCUACAAACUAUUUAAAACUUGUUUAAAGCUUAAACAUUUAGGUGCCUCUGUCAAAAUUAUUAUAUUUAGGUCAUAGUGUUCACCCGUUUAAUGCCUGCAGUGCAUUAUAAUAAAAAGCUAUACGUGUUAACCUGCAAGACUUUAGCUCCAUUGCAAGUUAAUAGAGCAAUUGAUUACAGAAAUAUAUCAAACCAGUCACACCUGUAAAGUCCACAUGAGAUCAGUGUUUUAGGUGUCGGCAUAUUGACAGUGAUCUAGAAGUGUACAAUGAUCUUGAGAUGUACAUUGCCAAGAGAUGUACUGUGCAUCUGUUUAUCACUUCAUUUCACACCUAAUUCCAACUAUUACAGUGUUUAGCCCUUUAGUAGAUCAGUAAAUAUAUAUCUCCAUGUAGGGCAACAGUCUUUUUCACUUUGUAUUGAGUAGAGCAAGCCUCUUGAAUAAGAGACUGGAUUAUGAUCUGCUCAUGAAGAUAGUGCAACCAAGUAUUACAUUUGUUUUUAAUAAUACUCACAGGCUACUUACAGUUUGGAGUGUUUGUAGACAGAUAAACUCAUGUCAGGUUUGUUGCCACACACUUUACUGCUUGUGUACAAGUACAUAAAAGUAUUAUGAGCAUGGCAUGACAUGGACAACACUGCUACCAAGUUGUAAUACGAUUCAAUCCAAUCCAGCAUUUAGCACAGUAAGGACAAACCUUGCAUGUGUAUGUUUUGUGGGAAAUUUUCAGAUACUCAAAAUUAUCAUUCUAUAGUAGAGUGAUAUAUACAGUAAAUAAAUGACCUCUGUAGCACAUAGAUACGUGGAAGUAUCGGUAGCCUCUGAAAAAGCUUCAAGGAGCACAUCAGCAGGACAUGGAUUGCCCUUGAUAACUCACAUCAUUAUUUACAAACCUGUAUUCCUAGAGUAGAGGACUGAUGAACAUAAGGAGGAUUAUUUUAGAUGUGAGUGUAGGAGUUAAAGCCAGAAAUAACUAGUUGUAGUGGAAAACUGAAGAAGCAUUAAUGGUAGUUGUGAUUAUUAAUGUUCAAAAUUUGUGUAAAAAUGGUUUGUAUAAGUGACAGUGAUUUUCUCACAGAUAGGUUGGCUGCAAAUGGAUGCCCUUGGUGGUACAUAGACUUUGAAUUCCUUUAGCAUUUGUCGCAAGAAACUGAAGACAACAUUUUUGUCAGUUUUGGUAAAAAGGUUUUAAAAAGAACUGGUUCUUUAUGUGCUACUUUGAAGCAAACAUUUGUUCUGGGUACAUCAUACUUUAGCAGCAGAUAAAAAAGAUAAAUGUAUCUGUAUAUAUGACAGAACACACCAUGUUGUAAAUGUGUCUCAUUUGUGUACCUGAAGACACUUUGUUCUGGGUGUGCCAUGCUUUGGUAAAAUGUACCCAAUUAUGGGGCUGUCACACCUUGUUCUGGAUAUACUGUGGUGUAAAAAAUAAAUACUUCCACUUGUGCAGCUGGAGACACUUUGUUACAGAAAUGCUUUGGUGCAGGCAUUAAAUAUAUCCUAGUGUGAAUGGAGACAGUUUUGAAAAAUGUAAAGGUGUUAUGAUGCUGUCUAGACAGGAUAUUUUAGGAUGCUGUCUAUGAGACGGACAGGAUAUUUUAGGAUGCUGUCUGUGACACUGACAGGGUAUUUGUAGAUGCUAUCUCUGUGACAGUCUAGACAGGGUAUUUGUGGAUGCUGUCUGACACUGAUAGGGUAUUUGUAGAUGCUAUGUGACAAUGCAGACAGUGUAUUUGUAGAUGCUGUCUGUUUAUGCAGGGUAUUUGUGGAUGCUGUGUGAUUGUCCAGAGAGAGUGUUUUUUUUUUGAGGCUGUCUGUGUGACUGGCAUAUUUGUGGAUGCUGUCCGUGUGACUGUUUGGAGAUGAUUGACAGAAAGGAAUGCAGGGUUUGGAACUACAAUCUGUGAACAUGACAGUGUCAUUUGUGUGCUUCAAAGUAAUGCCUAGUCAGAGCCAGCGCUAGGGGGAUGUGGGCCCUUUGGAAGCCAGCACAGCCUACUCAUCCCAACAGCGCACAUGUUAGCACAGAGACCCUUUCAGGUGCAGGGCCUUAUAGGCAGUCACCCCUGAUCGCUUCCCCCUAACGCCGGCUCUGAUGCAGUAGUAGGUUGAAAAAAUAGAGUGGAUAGUGUGAGAGAGAGAGAGCUGUCUGUAUACUGCAUUUUUCUGGUAAGCGCUUAUCAAAGAUGUCAGCAGUUAUUUUAAGUUUUCAUAUUUUGCAGCUUUUACAGCUUCAGUUAGGACGACAGCACAAGUUUCUUAUACACUAGUGGUGAUGAGUUUUUCAUCAUAGUGUUCUGUUUGUGAUUGUUGUAAGACCAUAUUUUUCAUUUAUAAAACCAAAGAUUUUCUUUGUUUAAUUUUUUUUUCUUGCGUUAGGUGUUUUUUGCAUCAUUGAUUUUGGAUUUUUAUAUUAUGUAACUUUUGAUGAUGUAACAGUUGUGAUAUUUUGUGUUUUGGGAUAUAUACACUUGUUGCACUGUUAUUGUUGUUGCUUAGCAGGUUUAGACUGUACAAUUGAAAUGUUUGUCCCGAUACAUAAGAUACAAUUUUAUCCUAACCUGCCUCUUGAAAUCCAAGUGGUCAUUACACCACACCAGCUGUUGUAUAUUACAUAUAAGUCAUAAAUUAACACAACUGCUUUCAGAUCUACACAAAGAAAAAAGAAAAAUGUUCAAAACACUUGCAUGCAGAAAGUAUAAAGGAAGUGAGGAUUGACAAAAACAAAUCAGUGGGUUGUGUUUUGUACCAUUACACACAGACAUACAUUUGGACAUAUACAGAAAAGUGUGUAAACUUCUUACUAUACCUAACAGAUUUUCUGGUCUCCUGUAUUGACAAUUUAAAGUUCUUCCUACCAAGUUUUAAGAAACUCCUGAUGCGAGAUUGAAAUAGGCUAAGCUUCAAAGGGGUAGAUAGUAUGUGUUUAAUAUGUACUUGUUUGCAGUUAUAAUACAUGUAGUUUCUAUAAAGUGAAAAUAAUGGAUCAUUUUCGGAAAUUGUCUAAAUUGUAAUAAGUACUUUGGCAGUGUCUAAGAAUGUGUAAGUCUGGUUGAUUCACAUUACAGUAAGUCAAGUUUUUUUAAUUAAACUUUCUUUUGUUUGUUUUCCUUACAUAAUUGUGCAUAAUGUGCUGUUUAUUCAGCAUGUUAAAACACAGUAGCAGCAAUUUUCUGCAGUCAUUCUUCAUUUCCGAAGUCUUUGUACAUAGCCUUGACAUCAGAAAAGAGAGAUGUGAUUGGACAUUCUAGAGAUGUCAUUUCUGCUGCUCUUUUCAUAAGGUGCUUGAGUGUUGAGAGUUUUGCAAGGCAUGCAAGUUUUAAAAAAUUAUUGUCUCUUGAUUAACAGACAAUCAAUGGAAAUAUCAAAAAUAUUUGACAAGCAUUGCAUUUUAUUUGAUACUCAUUAAAUGUAUUUUUCAUGCAGCCCGCGCUAGUUUUCUGUGUAGAAUCUGGAGACGUGUAAAGUUUCGAUUUUUAAUCACUUCAAACAAAAUGUACAAUACUUGUCUGUAAAGCUGUGUGAAAACAAGUGUUUAUACUAUGGUGAAUUUGUGAUCACAUGUUCCAAAUGUGUUUGUAUCGUAGAAUAUCAAAAUGGCAUUAUCAUUAACUCUUUGUUCUAGCAGGAUUUCUUGCUACCCUUGCACUGCAUCCAUUAUAGGGUGCUUGUCAGUGUUUUAAGUGUGGUUACAGCAGUGAUAUGUACCUGGUGUACUUGAAAUAAUCGUGUCUGAUUCAAGUGUCAGCACUAGUGGAAAGAGGGUCCGCCCUGAAGGAUCUGACCUCAUUGUUAUAUAGUUGUCAUAGAAACAGAGGUUUAGAGGGAGGCCGUGACUCUCUGUCUACAAGCUAGCAACGACCCUUUCUCUCUGUGUGGCUGUCGUAAUGGUGCACACAAACAAAACAUAGCCAUUGUUUUGUGAGCAUGUUGCAAUACUCUUACCCUUCAUGGAUAUAUUUUUUGACUUUUAAUAAAAUGUUAAGACAGCA